AAUAUAGCACUCACGAGCUCAGCUCCUCAACAAAGUCAUUGCUCUGACAGUGUUGUGAAGGGAGCAGAAGAGGAGAAACCUAAUCUCAGAACCCAACAACACCUAGCAACAGUUGAAAAAAACUUUUAAAUAAAAGUCGGUGGGAGAUAUACAACUCCCAAUUUCUGCUGAUCAGGAUUUCAGGGAGAAGCUGCUUUCCCCCUCUCUACUCAAUUUCCUGCAUGACUUCAGCUAUUGGCUAGACCCAGGAAAGAAAGUGGGAAAAGCUUUUUCCUCUGUAUUCUUUUGGGCUGGAUAGUUUUUCAGAACUCGAGUCUGUCCUGGGCUGUGGGACAAGCCACUGGGUUCUUCAAAGGAUAAACUACCUCCAUAAAGGACAUAUCCUUGGUUAAACGAGCUGCUGGCAGAGUUUUAUUGAAGGAGACAUCUGUGAACUAUAAAGAGGAAGAGUAGGCAUGGUCUGACACCAGUGAAAAGGAGAGUAAAAGAAUGGAGAAUUGGGUGAAAUCUCAGAGAAUAGCACAGUCUAAAGAAAAUUCUGGGUGGGAAUGAGAUCCCGAAACCAAGGUGGCGAAAGUUCAUCUAACGGGCAUAUCUCCUGCCCCAAGUCCUCCAUCAUCAGCAAUGCUGAUGAUAAGAGUCUCUCAGAAGAUGCAAAAAAGAAGAACAAAUCAAAGAGGAAGGAGGAUGAUGUCAUGGCUUCAGGAACUGUCAAACGACACCUAAAACCAUCUGGAGAAAAUGAACGAAAGCCUAAGAAAUCUCUGGAGUUAUCCAAAGAAGAUCUCAUCCAGCUACUCAGCAUAAUGGAAGGGGAGUUGCAGGCCAGAGAAGAUGUGAUCCAUAUGUUGAAGACUGAGAAAACCAAGCCUGAGGUUCUGGAGGCUCACUACGGAUCUGCAGAACCAGAGAAAGUGCUUCGGAUCCUGCACCGAGAUGCCAUCCUUGCUCAGGAGAAGUCCAUAGGAGAAGAUGUCUAUGAGAAACCCAUCUCAGAGCUGGACAGACUUGAGGAAAAGCAGAAAGAAACCUACCGGCGCAUGCUAGAGCAACUGCUGCUGGCAGAGAAGUGUCACAGGCGUACUGUGUACGAGUUGGAGAACGAGAAGCACAAACACACUGACUACAUGAACAAAAGCGACGAUUUCACCAACUUGCUGGAGCAGGAGCGGGAGAGGUUGAAAAAGCUCCUUGAACAAGAAAAGGCUUACCAAGCCCGCAAAGAAAAGGAAAAUGCUAAGCGUCUCAAUAAACUAAGAGAUGAGCUUGUCAAACUCAAGUCCUUUGCACUCAUGCUGGUGGAUGAAAGACAAAUGCACAUUGAACAACUUGGCCUGCAAAGCCAGAAGGUACAGGAUCUUACUCAGAAACUGAGGGAAGAAGAAGAAAAGCUCAAAGCCAUUACUUCCAAAUCCAAAGAAGACAGACAGAAACUGCUCAAGUUAGAAGUGGACUUUGAACACAAGGCUUCUAGGUUUUCUCAAGAGCAUGAAGAGAUGAAUGCUAAAUUGGCUAACCAAGAGUCUCACAACAGGCAACUUAGACUGAAGCUGGUUGGCUUAUCUCAAAGAAUUGAGGAGCUAGAAGAGACCAAUAAAAAUCUUCAAAAGGCAGAGGAAGAACUUCAGGAAUUGAGAGAUAAAAUUGCCAAAGGGGAAUGUGGAAACUCCAGCCUCAUGGCAGAAGUGGAAAAUCUCCGAAAGCGUGUGCUGGAAAUGGAGGGUAAAGAUGAAGAGAUCACGAAAACUGAAUCCCAGUGCAGGGAACUGAGGAAGAAACUGCAAGAGGAAGAACACCAUAGUAAGGAGCUCAAACUUGAAGUUGAGAAGUUACAGAAGAGAAUGUCUGAACUGGAGAAACUGGAAGAAGCAUUUAGCAAGAGUAAAUCUGAAUGCUCCCAGCUACACUUAAAUCUGGAGAAAGAAAAGAAUUUAACCAAAGACCUGCUAAAUGAAUUGGAGGUAGUUAAAAGUCGAGUUAAAGAACUUGAGUGUUCUGAAAGUAGACUGGAAAAGGCAGAAUUGAGCCUCAAAGAUGAUCUCACAAAGCUGAAGUCAUUUACAGUGAUGCUGGUUGAUGAAAGGAAAAAUAUGAUGGAAAAAAUAAAGCAAGAAGAGAGAAAAGUGGAUGGACUCAAUAAAAAUUUUAAGGUGGAACAAGGCAAAGUUAUGGAUGUAACUGAAAAAUUAAUCGAAGAAAGUAAGAAACUUUUAAAACUGAAAUCUGAAAUGGAGGAAAAGGUGUACACUUUGACAAAGGAGAGAGAUGAGUUGAUACGUAAACUGAAAAGUGAAGAAGAAAAAUCCUCUGAAUUAAGCUGCAGCGUUGAUUUGUUAAAGAAGAGACUUGAUGGUAUGGAAGAAGUGGAAAGAGAAAUAACAAGAGGAAGGUCUCGAAAAGGACCUGAGCUCACCUGCCCAGAAGAUAAUAAGAUUAAGGAACUAACCCUUGAAAUUGAGAGGCUGAAGAAGCGUCUCCAACAGUUGGAAGUAGUGGAAGGGGAUCUGAUGAAGACAGAGGAUGAGUAUGAUCAGUUGGAGCAGAAAUUCAGAACUGAGCAGGAUAAAGCUAACUUCCUCUCUCAGCAGUUAGAGGAGAUCAAGCACCAAAUUGCCAAGAACAAAGCAAUAGAGAAAGGGGAGGCUGUGAGCCAGGAAGCUGAGCUGAGACACCGAUUUCGAUUGGAAGAGGCUAAGAGUAGAGAUUUGAAAGCCGAGGUACAAGCUCUCAAAGAGAAAAUUCACGAGUUAAUGAACAAAGAAGAUCAGCUUUCUCAGCUCCAAGUAGAUUAUUCAGUCCUUCAACAAAGAUUUAUGGAGGAAGAAAAUAAGAACAAAAACAUGGGGCAGGAGGUCCUCAAUCUGACCAAAGAGUUGGAGCUUUCUAAGCGGUACAGCCGCGCUCUCAGACCCAGCGUGAAUGGGAGAAGAAUGGUGGAUGUGCCUGUGACGUCCACCGGGGUGCAGACAGAGGCCGUGGGCAGCGAGGCAGCUGAGGAAGAAACGCCGGCUGUAUUCAUACGAAAAUCCUUCCAAGAAGAAAAUCACAUCAUGAGCAAUCUUCGACAGGUAGGACUGAAAAAGCCCAUGGAACGAUCCUCUGUCCUAGACAGGUAUCCUCCAGCAGCAAAUGAGCUCACUAUGAGAAAGUCGUGGAUUCCGUGGAUGAGAAAAAGGGAAAACGGCCCAUCAAUCACGCAGGAGAAAGGGCCUCGAACAAAUUCCACUUCCGGGCACCCAGGAGAACUAGUUCUUUCACCAAAGCAGGGCCAGCCCUUGCAUAUCCGAGUGACACCAGAUCACGAGAACAGUACUGCCACUUUGGAGAUAACCAGUCCCACAUCUGAAGAAUUUUUUUCUAGUACCACCGUCAUUCCUACAUUAGGGAAUCAGAAACCAAGGAUAACCAUUAUUCCAUCACCAAAUGUUAUGUCUCAAAAAACAAAAAGUGCAGAACCUACUCUUGGCCCAGAAAGAGCCAUGUCCCCAGUCACAAUUACGACGUUUUCCAGAGAGAAAACCCCAGAAAGUGGAAGAGGCACGUUUGCAGACAGGCCCACAUCCCCCAUUCAGAUAAUGACGGUGUCUACUUCUGCAGCGCCAGCCGAAAUUGCAGUUUCUCCAGAAUCCCAGGAAAUGCCCAUGGGAAGGACUAUCCUUAAAGUCACCCCCGAAAAACAGACUGUUCCACCUCCAGUACGAAAAUACAAUUCCAAUGCCAAUAUCAUAACCACGGAAGACAAUAAGAUUCACAUUCACUUAGGUUCCCAGUUUAAACGAUCCCCUGGGACUUCAGUUGAAGGAGCUAGUCCAGUUAUUACUGUUCGGCCAGUCAACGUGACAGCUGAAAAGGAGGUUUCCACUGGCACUGUCCUUCGCUCUCCCAGGAACCAUCUCUCUUCACGACCCGGUGCGAGCAAAGUGACGAGCACCAUCACCAUAACACCAGUCACAACUUCAUCUACUCGAGGAACCCAGUCAGUGUCAGGACAAGAUGGGUCAUCCCAGCGGCCUACACCUACCCGCAUUCCUAUGUCAAAAGGUAUGAAAGCAGGAAAGCCAGUAGUGGCAGCCCCAGGAGCAGGAAAUCUGACCAAAUUCGAGCCUCGAGCUGAGACUCAGUCUAUGAAAAUAGAGCUGAAGAAAUCUGCAGCCAGCAGCACUACCUCUCUUGGAGGGGGGAAGGGCUGAGGGCAGUGGCUAAGGGGAAAGCAUCAUCAUUCAUCAGUUACGUAUGAACUCCAGAUGAGAUGGUAAACCAAGCACAUACUGGGUGUGUGUACUUCCUCUGAAUCCCUGUUGAAUGGAUAUUUCUGCAGCUCUCUGUUAUUACUAAGGUCCUCCAUGCUACUGAUCACAACUGGAAAUAUCUUACUACUUCCAGUGAUUUUUUUUUUUUUUUGAGGAUAUAAUGGAAAAGCUAAAAACAGCCUUGCUGAAAAUAUAUAGUAAGAGCAAGUGAAUUUUUGUGCCAAAAGAAAUUUCCUUUUGGGAAGCUUUCAGGUCCAUGGGCACAUACUAUGUAAUUUAUUUUUAUAAUACAUUUUGUAACAUGAUUUUUUUCCCUAAAGUGUUUCUUUUUUCAUAGUCUAUGGCACAUAUAUCUGUAGAAUACACUGUUAGUUCUUUAAAGUAUUGGUGUUGUUACAUUCAAAAUGGUAAACUAUUAUUAUUUUCUUUUUAUCAAUUUGGUAUUUCUGAAGAAAAGAAAGCAUACCACUGUAUUUCCCAGGGUAAAUUCAAGAGGUAAAACCUAGAAACAGGAUAUUCUGGAAUCAGUUUGUACAACUAUACUUGUACAAUAGUCUAGUUCUACUGAUGGUUCAAUAAUCACAAAUAAUGCUCUGAGUUUAAUUUUAAUAAAGUUGCUCUUUCUGGUGUUUUGUGCCAAAAACCCAAGAUGAAUUGGUUUUCAAAUAAAUUAAUAUAAUGAGAUAUCAGUUUAAUUGUAAAGGGAAACAGGAACAUAUAUGAGUGACCAUUCAAUUAUAUUUCUUUUUUUUUAGUUGUAGAUGGACACGAUAUCUUUAUUUUUAUUUGUUUAUUUUUAUGUGGUGCUGAGGAUUAAACCCAGGGCCUCAUGCAUGCAAGGCAAGCACUCUACCACUGAGCUACAACCACAGCCUCUCAAUUAUAUAUCUAUUUGCAUUAUUUACUUACAUGUAUAAGACAUGAUAAGAACUGUGAUAAAGAUAUUUCUUCUUCAACAAAGGCUUGCAAAUAAAAACUGACCUAUAUAAUGUCAGCAUCAUUUUAAAAUUAGAGAAAUCCACUAACAUUUUCCCCGAUUUUGAUAAUUUUUCAUAACCACAUGUAUGUAGGAAAUAUUCCUUUAAGAUCAAAGCACAACAUGUAUUAAUCUCAACAUCAAAGCUGCUGUUGAAUUUAGAUUUAUGUGAAAAUGUGCAUCUAAAGUCUACUUGAAACUCUAGUAAUUCAGUUUUUUAAAACUUGUGUUUUUUUUUUUAAAAAAACUUUGCUAAUAUGGAUAUUUUCAAUAAGGUCUUUAAAGAUAGUUUAAAGGUAAAUUAAGAGUUGGUGCAUCAAUUUCUGAAUGCAGAAGUCAUUUAUCAAAUAAUUUUCCUGAGGUUAAAGAGAGAAUGCCACACAAGUAACACUGUUGGCUAAUCUCUGCAGUCCACAGGUUGUACUGGGGUUUAUAAACCAGAGAGGGGACUCCACAUUGAGUCUCUGGAAUGAAAAAAUUAAUACUAAAUUUCCUUUUCAAUGUAACCUUGGAAGAUUUUAAAAUAUACCUUGUGGAAUUGGCACAUCAUUUUCAAUAUGUAUUAUAAAUGAAAUAAUUAUAUUUUGUUAAAAUUAUUUUUCCUUUUUCUUUUUUAAAUAAAAGAAAUGCUACAGUA